AAAAUAAUUAAAUCCAAUAAUAGUUGGAGUGUAGAUUCUUCUCUUGCAGAAAUUGCUUCUCUUCAAUUAGAAUUUCGUGAUUUAGCCCGACUUGUUGAGAAUGAUACUUACGAGACAUUAUCUUUUCGUGUCUCGGAACAUAUUCACGACCAACCUUGUAAUAAACAAUUUGGGUUAUGUCCCAUGUUUAUUUCCCCAACUGAUGGACGUUUUCGAGAACCUGGCACUUUAACUUUUGGUGCUAGAGCUGAUUCUUAUUAUGAAUAUUUGCUAAAACAAUGGUUACAAACUGGGAAAACAAUUGACUGGUUAGAGAAAGAUUAUAGAAGGGCGAUGGAUUCUAUGCAAAAUAAAUUGUGGAAAGGGACUGUUUCUGGGAAAUUAUAUUUUGUUGGUCAGUUUUUGAAUAUUUUGGUGGAUAAUUUAUAUUUUUCUCUUUUUUUCUCAGGAGAACAAACAACGGAAUCAUCAAAUUCUUUAAUUAAAUUUUCUCCAAAAAUGGACCAUUUAGUUUGUUUUCUUGCUGGCACUUUAGCACUUGGUACUCAACAUGGAAUGCCCUCUAUACAUUUGGAAAUUGCUAAAAAUCUUUCUCAAACAUGUCAGGCAAUGUAUGAAAAUCCUACAGGAUUGGGACCUGAAAUUGCUUGGUUUAAUAUUAUUGAGAAUGAAGAAAAUAAAAAGACUACUGAUAAUGAUGGUUAG